UCCGGUUAUGGCUACAAUCACGAAAACAAACCGGGGCACAUGGUCAUUUUUAUCUUAUAUUCGACGACACGAAAAGAAAACAUGUACUUUAACAUGUGCACGGAAUAACAAAUUAUCUCAGCAAUCUAGAUUUUACAGUUCAAGUGGAAAAAAGAACGUCAAUAGUCGACAGUACUGUCUUAAUCUGAUACAAAAGUAUGACCAUGAAAACUUCCUUUGCACUCUUCUGUACCCAAAAUCUGCAAGAGAAGCAGCUAUUGCUAUCAAAGCCUUCAAUGUUGAAAUUGCACAGGUUCAAGAUGUUGUCACAGACAAGCAGCGAGGGGCAAUGCGAAUGGUGUUUUGGAGAGACACCAUAGAGAAAGUCUAUCAGGGCUCUCCUCCCCAAACACCUAUAGCACUGGAAUUAGCCAAGGUGAUAUCAGAGCACAAGCUGACAAAACAGUGGUUCAUGAGAAGCAUAGAUGCCAGGGCAAACCGUCUGGAGAUUGACUCUUUCAAAUCUGUGAAUGACCUGGAAGAUUAUUGUGAAAAUUCUGUAUCGUCAGUCAUGUACCUGAUGCUGGAAAGUUUAGGUAUAAAGGACCUGCAUGCUGACCAUGCUGCCAGUCACAUAGGACGUGCCCAUGGUUUAGUGACCUACCUGAGAGCGAUCCCAUUUAACACCAGUCGAGGCAGAGUCAAUCUACCUACAGAUUUACUUAUAAAGUAUGGUGUGUCACAAGAAGAUGUGUAUAGAGGCAAGAAGCCUGAACUUGUCAAUGACAUUGUGUACGACAUCGCUAGUGUGGCCAUUCAGCAUCUUCGCACUGCUAGGUCUUUGAAGAAAGACGUUCCCAAGUCUGCAGUACCAACGUUUUUGAAUACUGUGAUAUGUGAGAAGUACCUGACAGAUAUUCAACAGGCUGGUUUUAAUGUGUUUGACACUAAACUACAAAGGAAAAAUGGCCUCCUUCCUAUACAGCUGUUGCUCCAGAGAAUGAAGAGAACGUACUAGUGUGAGAGAAUCAUGGUGUGGUAGCACUCAUUUCUGGUGAUAAUAAAUUAAUACAAAAACUGA